AUGUUCCGUAUUGCACUCACUCCUGGCAAACCAGAUAGUGGGAUCACCUUUGGACCCAUGCCUAUUCACGAGCAUUGGCUGUGCCUCGCUAAGGCUGGCUUUACCACAGUCGAGGCUGUACCGCCUGCCCCGGCCCUCCCGGAUGAAGCGUGGUUCUUCCAGGGAAACCAGUAUGCUCGCAUUAAGAUCGUUCCGAAGACCCAGCAGGAUACUAUUAGUUGGGGACUACGUAGCAAGCGUUCCGGAGCACUGGCUCGCUUUGGACUGGGUAUAAAGGUUAUUCGGAGAGUUUUGAUCAAUUUGACUUUAGCAAGGUAA